CAUGGAUUUUUUUCCCGCUUUGGGAGAAGAAGCUCAUCGAUUUGCAUGAAAGGAAUUUCUGAGAUCCAUUGUUUCCUCUCUCUCUCCUACACUAUCAGAGGAGGAAUAGGAGGAAUGGAUGAAGUGAGAAGCUGAAUUUAAUGGUGUCUAUAUAACUGUGUAAACCGAAGAAUCAUGUUUCGGUUUCCAAAUGGUCCUUUAGCUUCACAGUAGUUUUGAAGUGUUGUGGUUGUAGUCGCCGGAGCAAUGACAGUCGGUGCGGUUAUUUCGAGCCGUCAUUUCGGUCAUUUUAUUGGUUCAGGUUUCUUUUUUCUUAACAUCGAGAAAUGUACUAUUUACUUUUAUUGAUUCAUGCAUGGGUAUUGGCUACCUCUUCCCAACAUAGCCAAGAAGGGGAAAAAAAAAUAUUAUGUUAAUAGGAAUUGAGCCUGAUACAUACUGCAUAAUGCACUUGCAAAAGGUAUUUUGUUCAAGAAGCCGAAUAGUGGAGAUUCUGAAAGGUAUAUCAAACAGAGAAGGCUGGUAUACAUCAAAGGGGAGAGCAUCAAGGUGUUUAUGGAACGAGAUAUGCAUGGGGAAACAUUUUCAACAAAAUGUCACCUACUCUAAGAGAGUGCAGUUCCUACAUGUCUAGAAACUUGUAUAGUUCAGUUCAUCUUAUUGGUCCUUUGGACAAGAAAACUGGAAAACUAAAGACAGGAAUCCUUGGUGAAGUGGAGCAUCUUCAUUUAUACCCACCAUUUACUGAAAUUUUUUGUGUAUCAAAUCUUAAGCAAAGAAUUCAAGGGAGAUGUGGAUGUUCUAUUUCUUCAGAUCCCUCUGUUGGCAGUUCUAUUCAUCCCAGAAAUCUGCAUAAAUUUGGCAUAUCUAAUGCGCAUUUCCAACAAUCCGAUUGUCGUAAAGCAACUAAGACACGUGCUGAUUAUAAAUCAGAGCAGUAUGACAUAGCAGGGGCAAAACUGGACUCAUUGAGCUCUUUGGAAGUGCCAGAUGAAGCUGUUUUAGUGGAAGGGAGUGUGCGAAAUAUAUCUUGGUGGGAGCAAUUACCAAAGCGUUGGGUGAUUGUACUGCUUUGUUGUUCUGCAUUUCUCCUCUGCAACAUGGAUCGUGUCAAUAUGAGCAUCGCCAUACUUCCAAUGUCACAGGAGUUCAAGUGGAAUUCUGCAACUAUUGGUCUAAUUCAGUCUUCUUUUUUCUGGGGUUACCUGCUGACUCAGAUUGUUGGAGGUAUAUGGGCAGAUAAGAUUGGUGGUAAGAUUGUACUAGGUUUCGGGGUGGUGUGGUGGUCUGUUGCAACGGUUCUAACACCUAUAGCUGCAAGACUAGGGCUUCCCUUCUUGCUUCUCAUGCGUGCCUUUAUGGGGAUUGGUGAGGGUGUUGCUAUGCCAGCUAUGAAUAAUAUACUCUCAAAGUGGGUUCCAGUAUCUGAAAGAAGCAGAUCCCUUGCAUUUGUAUACAGUGGCAUGUACCUCGGUUCUGUCACGGGCCUGGCCUUUUCUCCUAUUCUAAUCCACAAAUUUGGCUGGCCCUCCGUAUUUUACACUUUUGGUUCUCUAGGAAGUAUCUGGUUUGCAUUAUGGCUGAAUAAGGCACACAGCUCACCAAAAGAUGAUCCAGACCUUUCUGAUGAUGAAAAGAGGCUUAUCUUGGGAGGCAGCGACUUGAAGGAACCUGUUUCUGCCAUUCCAUGGAAAUUAAUUUUGUCAAAAGCACCUGUUUGGGCUCUUAUAAUCUCCCAUUUUUGUCAUAAUUGGGGAACUUUUAUUCUUCUAACGUGGAUGCCAACAUAUUAUAAUCAGGUUUUGAAGUUCAACCUCACUGAGUCUGGGUUAUUCUGUGUUUUACCAUGGUUAACUAUGGCCGUGUUUGCAAAUAUAGGAGGGUGGAUUGCUGACACUCUUGUAAGCAAAGGUCUUUCAAUUACUACAGUUCGCAAGAUCAUGCAAUCAAUUGGAUUCCUGGGCCCAGCCUUCUUUCUCACGCAGCUGAGCCAUGUCCGCACUCCAGCCUUAGCAGUGUUAUGCAUGGCAUGCAGUCAGGGGUUGGAUGCUUUUUCACAGUCUGGGCUCUAUUCUAAUCACCAAGACAUUGGACCACGUUAUGCGGGAGUAUUGCUGGGACUAUCAAACACUGCUGGAGUGCUUGCUGGUGUCUUUGGCACGGCCGCCACUGGAUACAUUCUCCAAAGAGGUUCAUGGGAUGAUGUCUUUAAAGUGUCUGUUGCCUUAUAUAUCAUUGGCACAUUGGUCUGGAAUUUAUUCUCAACUGGAGAGAAAAUUCUCGAGUAGGGGAAUAUAAAGUGAUAGAAAGAAAGGGAAAGAAAAAGAUGAAGCCUAUAAUGAAGGCACAGAAUUCCAAAGAAGGUAAUAGAGAGACAUAAAUAGACCAUCAGGUCUCAGGUGAAUGGAGGGAAACGUGGCCAAAACCAGAAUGCCACCAUUUUGGAAGAUAUCUCCUUCAUGUUGACUUAUUUGAAGCUGUACCCCACCAAUAUGAGGUUGCCACUUGGCUUCACAGGUCUCCAAAAUUCCUUUUAUUCUUAUAUAGAUGUUUUAGUUUAUAAAAUUUCAGGUAGACCUUCCCCCCACCCAAUCCAAACCCUCUCUCAGUAGACACUAUGCAGUAAUCAAUAGAAAACCUCAUGAGUAGUAA